AUGUGGCGCUUGAGCGAGAUGAUCGGAGCAGUCUCAGCGAGCACCAUGUUGCUUCCGAACAUCCUGCUCACCGGUACACCAGGGGUUGGAAAAACCACACUAGGCAAAGAACUUGCAUCAAAAUCAGGACUGAAAUACAUUAAUGUGGGUGAUUUAGCUCGAGAAGAACAAUUAUAUGAUGGCUAUGAUGAAGAGUAUGAUUGUCCCAUUUUAGAUGAAGACAGAGUAGUUGAUGAGUUAGAUAACCAAAUGAGAGAAGGUGGAGUUAUUGUUGACUACCAUGGUUGUGAUUUCUUCCCUGAACACUGGUUUCAUACAGUUUUUGUGCUGAGAACAGAUACCAAUGUAUUGUAUGAAAGACUUGAAACAAGGGGUUGUAAUGAGAAGAAACAAACAGAUAAUAUUCAGUGUGAGAUUUUUCAAGUUAUUUAUGAAGAAGCCACAGAAUCCUACAAGGAAGAAAUCGUGCAUCAGCUGCCCAGCAAUAAACCAGAAGAGCUAGAAAAUAAUGUAGAUUAGAUCUUGAAAUGGAUUGAGCAGUGGAUCAAAGAUCAUAACUCUUGACUUAUAAGGCUAGCUACUUUAUAAUCACUCUUGUUGAUAUCUCUUUGCCAACAUCAUAGAAAUUGUUCAGGUAUCAGUAACACUUUAUUAAAAUCACCUUGCAGGACUAGCAGGUGGAUAGUAUAUAGGUUUAUGCCUGUGUUUCUUUUUCUCCGUGAGAAAGCUAAACAUCUGAAAUAUAAUGACUAUAGCAUUAUUAAGGACUGAGGCACAAACUGUGAUUUUAAUACUUAAAUUGCUAAAGAUAAAUAAAUCUGACAAAAUGGGUAGAUAUCUUUUAAUUUUAUUACAGAAAAAAAUACAGAUGAUCGCUUAAAGUAAAACUAAAGAUAAAGCCUCAGAGUAUUCCUUUUUUCUUUCUUUAAAUUUGAGAAAAAGGGAAGUGUACUCUAUACAAAAUUCAAAAGGUAUAAAAAGUGUUGAAAAGUUAGAUCUCCCUUCCAGACCACCCUGUUCCCAGGCACCACAAGCUCCUUCCCUUUAGGAAAUAAUGUUACUGGUUUCCCAUAUGUCUUUUCAGAGGUUUUAUGCCUGCACAGUGUAUAUAUGCGUGUGUACAUUUUUAAAAGAAUAGUAUAUUGUGCACACUAUUCUGUACCUUUUUUCACUUAAUGUAUUUCAUCCUCUUAGUAUAUCUUAUAUAUCAUCAUAUAUAUCAUCUUAGUAUAGACCUCCCUCUUCUUUGUUUUUUACUUGAGAUAUACAUAUCAUAUGAUAAAAUUUACCUUUUUAAAGUGUAUAAUCAGAACCGGGUAUGGUGGCUUAUGCCUGUAAUCCCAGCAACUGGGGAGGCUUAGGUGGAGAAUGGCUUGAGGCAGGAGUUCAAGACCCUCCUGGGCAAUAGAGCAAGACCUCAGACUCUAAAAAUAAACAUUAAAAAAAAAAAAUGUGAGAAGAUGCCAACUAUUAUCAUUAAAGAAUUUUUUUUUUUCUAUCCUCACAUAUGCUUUAGAAGCCAGUUUUCUGGUUGAAUGUCUCAGGCUAAAGGAACUUCUUUUAGUAGCCUGAAAAAAUAAAUAUGACAUAUCUUAAUCAGAAUAAAGAGCUUCAAGAAAUUUAGUUAGGAAGAACAAGAGGAUUUUAGAAUCCUAAGUGACUCUGUGGUCCCAUCUUUUUGUCUUUUUGUUCUAUAGAGAUUCUGUGUUGGUUAAAAGAAUGGAUUUUUGGAGUCCAACCUCUUAUUAGCCUCUUACCUUAGACAGGUUAUUUAAUCCUGUUAUUUAGCCUCUUACCUUAGACAGGUUAUUUAUUGAUUUACUCAUUCAAAACAGGAUUCUAAAGUUAUUUGGCUUAGAGUUGUUGUGAUCAAAUGAGAAAGCUCAUGUAAAAUGUUUUCCUGCCUACGUAAUAUCCAGAAAAAAUAGCUCAUAGACGUUAUAUAAAAAGGCACAUUCAACACUGUAGAGUGUCAAAAAUUACAACCAAAUGACAAAGUUCUGAAACUCUUUGGGUUUCUUUAAAGACAGCUUUAGCAACCUCAGAUACUGAAUAUAUCCCUUUCCAAACAUUAUAUAAAGCCUGACAUUAAGAAUUAUCUUUGGGCCAGGCAUGGUGGCUCACAUAGGACAUUACUGAACACUUAGUACAUACCAGGCAGUGUUCUAAGCCAUUUGAGUAUAUUCACCUAUUUAAUCCUCACAAAAAUCAUAUGAGAUAGUAGUUUUGGGAUUUGUUGCUGUUUUCAAGACAGAGUCUCACUUCAUCAUCCAAGCUGGAAUGCAAUGGCGCGAUCACAGCUCACUGCAUUCUCUACCUCCCAGGCUCAAGAAAUCCUCCCACCUCAGCCUCCAGGUAGCUGGGGCUGUGGGUGCAUGCCACCAUGCCUGGCUAAUUUUUGUACAUUUUUCUGUAGAGAUGGGGUUUCACCAUGUUCCCUAGGCUAGUCUUGCUCUCCUGAGCUCAAGUAGUCUGCUUGCCUUGACCUCCCAGAGUGCUGGGAUUACAGGCAUGAGCCACCAAGCCCAGCAAGAUUUUGUAUAUAUCUUCAUUUUAUAGUUGAGGAAACUGAGGCAUAGAAAAGAUUUUAAAAUGAGAUUUUGUUGUUUGUAUGAUAACCCACUCGAAUUUUUUCCAGGAAUAAAAUGAAUUUCUUUCCUUUAGUAUUACAACAUACUGUUAUGGUAGUUUUAUAAGUUUUCUUAAUAGCAUAUUGACAGUCUCCUGUAGAACUGCUUAUUAGACAGCUAAAGUUACUAUUGGUUCCCUGUUCAUUACUUAAAAUUUUUCAGUUGUUUCCCCUAGCUUUGGGGACAAAAUUCAAACUCUGACUCUCCAUGUAAGAUCCUUCCUACUCAAAUUCUUGCCUACUUUUCGACCUUUAUUUCCCAGUUACCCCAACGUAUAUAUGCCCAGUACUUGAGGCCCAGUAUGCUAGUUAAGAACUCUUCAACUCUGUCAUCCUAUUUCACUCCAUGUUUUUUCCCUCCUCCUUUGAUCUUGCUUUUUAUUUCAAAAGUCUUAAGCUUGACUGGUUGUGAUCAGCAUUCCCUGAUAACACCAUCCCUAUUGAUUUCAUGUGUCUCUGCUUUUCUAACACCCUUUUAGAGAGACCUCUCUUCUCAUACCAUCUCACAUGACUACAAUUAACUUUUUCAACUUUUUUGUCCACCAUGUGCAGCUGAAGUUUAUUGAGGGUAAGGACCAUUAUUUGACUUUAUAUUUCCAACAUCAGCAUACUACAGACAGUCAAAAUAUGUUUAUUUACUAAAAUAAUUUGUGUAAAUAGUUUAUUUCUUGAAAUACCAAUUUGACGUUAAAUGUUAUUCUAAUUUAAAUUAGAAUUUAAUUUAACUUGAGUGGUGUUUUUUGUUUUUGUUUUUGUUUUUUGAGACAGAGUUUCGAUCUUGUUGCCCAGGCUGGAGUGCAAUGGCAUGAUCUUGACUCACUGCAACCUCCACCUUCCUGGUUCAAACGAUUCUCCUGCCUCAGCCUCCUGAGUAGCUGGGAUUACAGGCACAUGCUACCACACCUAGCUAAUUUUUGUAUUUUUAGUAGAGACAGGAUUUCACCAUGUUGGCCAGCCUGGUCUCAAACUCCUGGCCUUGUGAUCUGCCCAUCUAGGCCUCCCAAGGGGCUGGGAUUACAGGCAUGAGGCACUGCGCCUGGCCUGAGUGGGUCUUUUUUAAGCCAAGAGUGGUUGGGGUAUUGCCCAUCUGAGGCAUCCCUAGAGGUUAUCUGUUGGGCAGAACAGAUGUGAAGAACAUGUGAAGAACAGAUUAAAUUACUAUUUAAAUGGGGUGUUGAUUUCAGUUUUGUAGAUAUUUAUGAAGUACUUACUGUGUGCCAGUUUCUAUUCUGACUAAAUACCACCUGAAUUAGUGAGAAAAAUACAAAAAUCCUUUUCCUUAUUGAGCUUUAUGGUAGAAUGAGAAAUUAGAUGAAAACAAUAAAUGAAUCUUAUGGUGUGUAAUUUAGAUGAUGAAUGACAAUGGAGAAAAGUGUGGGAAAGAGAAGAUAACUGGUAUUAGGGGUGGAGGACUGUUGCUAUUUUAAUAAUGCAGUCUAUAAAGGUUCAUUAGAAAGGGAUAUUUAAACAAGCAUUUGAAGCAGAUGAGGCAUGAAGAUUUGGGAGAAGAACUACUUACUAGGAGAAUAUUAUAGGCAAAGGGCCAGACAUAAGGAGCAUGUCUAAAGUAGAGUCUGGGUGGAGUGAGACAAGGGAAUUAGAGGAAGUCUGAGAGGUGAGUAGAGCCAAUUAUGUAAGACCUAAGAACUUUGACCUUUCCGUACUCAGAUGGAAAAUCAUUCGAGGUUUUGAGCAUGGGCGUGAUUAAUUAGAUGACAUUAAACCUAUUAAAAAGAUUAAUUAAACUGAUUCAAAAAAAUUCUGUAAAUAUUCAUAGCAUUUAGUUUGGAGGGAAAUGGUGUUAAAAAUUAGGUUUCCUCUUGUUACUGGAGUUUUCUGCAAUCUAAAUGCUAUUUAUUAUUUGAAGACUUUAUUUUUACAUCAGUACUAAAUAGAGCUAUCUGUAAUUUCCAGGGAGUAGAACAAAACAUAGAAAAGUUAAAUUUUUGCCCAGUUAGUUAAGAAAAAUAGGUAAGAAUUAAACCCAAGCCUUCUAAUAUUUAACCUGGGAUUGAGUUUGUAUUUUGAUUAUUAUAAAGAUAAGCAUAUUGGUUUUUGUAACUGUAUUAAAAGCUUCUGUGGGCUAAGCACGUCUAUAAAAUUAAUGCUGCUUUGUUACAAAUAAUGGAAAGUUUUUCAUUUAAAAGAGUUUGAGUCUACUGAAAUCCAACUUUUGGUUCUUUUCCUGGUACCCAGUAACAUUUACCCACUUUGGUUAGUUUGCCCAACAGAUAACCUCUAGGGAUGCCUCAGAUGGGCAAUACCCCAACCACUCUUGGCUUAAAAAACACCCACUCAAAAUUCUGUUCUGACAUAGAAUGAGGGUGCUAGGUUUAAAUCAGUGUGCUCAGAUCGGUAUGUAGUUUUGACAGAGAUGGAGAGGAAGUGAUAAAAUCUUUACCAUUAACUUAAAAAUACUAUAUUUUUUAAUUAUGUGAAAUUACAGUGACAUUACUAAAUGAUGGAAUUUAUCAUAAAGCUUUGUGAUUAUUUUGUACUUUCCAAUUUCCUGAGCUAACUUGUUAAUAGUUUCACAAUGGGUGAUGGUUUAUAUGCCAACUCUUAGCUAAAAAAACAACUUUUGGGAAGGUUUGGUUUUUUUUGUUUGUUUGUUUUUUGUUUUUUUGCCCCUGAAGCACAAUUGUUUAUGGCUUUCAUUUGGGGCAGCUUACCUAAAUAUUAAAAUGUGUUUCAUUUUUCUUUAAGGCAUUUCUCAAUUUUAAGCAUUUUUAAUUUGAAAAAAUAUUCUAUAAUUGUAUUUAGUCUUAAUAGUAAUACGAAAUAAAGGAAGAUAGGUAUAUAGACUGCUUUACUCAGCUUGCUAUCUAGUCAUUAGGGACUAUGAGGUUCUGUUUAAAAAGUAUUUUCUGAAAUGUUCAUAGAUUCUUUGGCAUCCAACUUCAGUACACAGUUAAAAUUUAGUUGAAUUAUAUAGUGGUUUUUAGGAUAUUGCUAUAUCUAGAAUGGAAGAACAUCAUUUGGAUCCCCCAAGAUGAGCUCAUAGUAAGAUCCCAGUUAAGAAUUAGGGGAGUUUGGACUCUUACAUAUCAUAAUAUAUGUGCUCACUUGGGGUUAUUAAAAAUUAGUUAAUGCACACUUAGUGUCCAGAUUUUGGUUUCUAAUACUAUUCUCUAAUGAAGGGAACCAGGGUUCCUCAUAGAAAUGUCUGAUUCUAGGACUGGGACAGGAAAUACACAAGAUAAGCCUGGAGCAUCUUGUAAUACCAGUAACUAAGGAAGUGCUCAAAACACACACACACACACACACACACACACACACACACACACA